UUGGCCUCUGCAGGGCAACACCCCGGCGUCCCUAGAAGCGGGGAGCUGGGGUGGUGUUGAGGAAGCUUCGCCGAGACGGGAGCCCUCGCCCAGAGUCUCCCGGGGUUGGGGACAGGCGUUCGAGCCCAGACCAAUCAUGGCCGGGAGACCCAUCCGUAUGGGAGACCAACUAGUUCUGGAGGAAGAUUAUGAUGAGAAUUACAUCCCCAGUGAGCAAGAAAUUCUUCAGUUUGCCAGAGAGAUUGGUAUUGAUCCCAUCAAGGAACCGGAACUGCUGUGGCUCGCGCGGGAGGGCAUUGUGGCCUCACUGCCUGAGGAGUGGAAACCAUGCCAGGACAUCACAGGUGAGAUUUACUAUUUCAACUUUGCCAACGGGCAGUCCAUGUGGGACCACCCAUGUGAUGAACACUAUCGGAACUUGGUGAUCCAAGAGCGAGGGAAGCUGUCAACUUCUGGGGCCAUUAAGAAGAAAGACAAGAAAAAGAAAAAGGAAAAGAAAGACAAGAAGGACAAAGAGACCUCCAAAAGUCCUCUGGCCCUGGGCUCCUUGUUAGCCCCAGUCCACGUUCCUCUUGGGGGCCUGGCUCCCUUACGAGCUCCUGUGGAUGCCCCACCCUCUGCUCUUUGUGGAUCUCAAAGUGUAAGCCUGGGGAACUCAGUGGAGUCCUGUCAACUUGGAGAACUCAUGCUGCCUGCACAGGGUCUGAAGACUUCUGCUUAUACAAAGGGUCCCUUGGGCUCCAUCCAUGAGGACAAGAGUGCUCUCCGCCUCUUGGCUUUAGGGGAGAAGACCAACAAGGAGGCCGAGGCACAGAGCGACAACCAGAGUGUCCGCAGCUCAAGUGAGCUUCUUAAGAACCUGCACCUGGACAUUGGGGCGUUGGGGGACGACUUUGAGUGUGAGGAGUCUCCAGGAACAAGCAAGCCAGAAGGAAAGGACACCUCUCUUGAUUCAGACAUUGCCCGCCCCCCUCCUCCCAGCAAGCUCUGCAGUCGAGCUGCAGACAGCAGCCUGAGCAGUGCCCAUGGCACAGGGCGACAGGGAAGAGGGGCAAGUGCUCGGCUCCCAGGAAAAGAACAGAAUGGCAAGAGUGAUCCUGUGAUGUCCAGAAGUCUGGUGGACCCUGGGGGCAAUCAGCCUGCUAAAGCCAGUAAGAAAGAUGCCCCCGAGGACCCGGUGGCUACAGGAGAGGAGGGUUCCAGGAAGGAAGAGGCAGCAAACGAGCCAAAGAAGGAGGAUUCUGUCCUGAAAGAGAGCAUAUCAGACGCCAGCGAAGAGUCGGAGAUUAGUGAACACAUGGAGGAGCUACAGUUCUCAGACUCCAUUGCUUCUGACCCCAAGUCCUACCUUGGCCUGGCCCAGAGGUUGGUAAGAGAAGACAAGGAUGCCAGCCAGUCCAGCCCAGAUGAGCUGUGGAGCAAACAUUCCAAAGGCUCAGAGAGGUUGUCUCCUCCACUUCUGUAUGGGGAGCGGCUCAAGAGUUCCCUUCAGAGCCAGGCCACCGGAGAAGGGCCUCUGCAGGCCCCUGAGGGGCAGCCUCAGUGGAAAAGGACAGAGGAGCCCGGGGAGGACGCUAUAGGCAGCCCCCUCCCACCAGUUUCCCCGCAGAGGGAGGAGAUCCCAAGCCCACCAUUCACCUACAAGAGGGUCAAGAAACAGCACCCCCAGGCUGAGGAGCUGGGCACUGGGCAGGAAGAGGCCGAGGAGCCCGAAGAGAAGGAGGCGGUCAGCGCCACCCUGCCAGUCUCUCCCGAGGUGAGAUCUCCAGAGCUUGUGGCUCCCCCAAAGCAGCUCUCAGAGGCGGCCAUGAAGGCCAUAGAAGAGGCAGUGGCUCAAGAACUCAAGCAACACCAGAGGCAGCUUCUGGACUUGAAGCAAGAGAAGAUGCAGCAGCUACGGGAGAAGCUGUGGCAGGAGGAGCAAGAGGAGGUCCUCCAGCUUCACCAGCAGAAAGAGAAGUCUCUCAGUUCCUUGAAGGAGCAACUGCAGAAAGCCACUGAGGAAGAGGGGAUUCGGAUGAGAGAGGAGAAAAGCCGGACCCUGUCCCAGCUCCAGGCCCAGGUCCAGUCCAGUGCAGAAGCAGAUGAGGACCAAAUCAGGGCCGAGCAAGAGGCGUCCCUGCAGAGGCUGAGAGAGGAGUUGGAGUCUCUGCAGAAGGCUGAGCGGGCCAGCUUGGAGCAGAAAAACAGGCAAAUGCUGGAGCAGCUCAAGGAAGAGAUGGAGGCUUUGCAGAAGAGAGAGCAGGCUGCCCUGAACGCUGAGAAGGAGAAGGCUUUGCAGCAGCUGAGGUUGCAGCUAGAAAGGGAGAGGAAAGAAGCGGAGGCCGCGCUGGAGAGGGAGCACAGAGCUGAGCUGGACCGGCUCUCCUCCUUGCUGAAGGCCAAGCACACAGAGGUGGUCUCCAGCCUCCAGAAGAAGAUAGAGGAAACUCAACAGAAAGAGGAGGCCCAGCUGCAGGAGAGCCUGGGGUUAGCGGAGCACAGAGCUCAGCAGAAAGUUCGCCAAGUGCUGGAGUAUGAGCGCGAGCUCAGUGGCCUCCUGAGAGAGAGGCGCCAGGAGGUGGAAAGGGAACAUGAGAGGAAGAUGGACAAGAUGAAGGAGGAGCACCAGCAAGUGGUGGCUGAGGCCAGAGAGCAGUAUGAAGCGGAGGAGAGGAAGCAGCGGGCUGAACUUUUGGGGCACCUGAUGAGAGAGCUGGAGCGCCUGCGAAGGGCACACGAGCGGGAACUGGAGACAGUGAGGCAGGAGCAGAACAGGCAGCUGGAGGACUUGCGGCGUCAGCACCGGGAGCAGGAAAGGAAACUCCAAGAUUUAGAGGUGGAACUUGAAACCAGAACCAAAGAUGUCAAGGCCAGAUUGUCUCAGCUGGACAUUCAGGAGGAGACUGCCCAGAAGGAGAAGCAGCAGCUUCGUGACGUGCAGAGGCAGGUUGCACUGGAGAGUAAGGAAGCCACAGCCACCCAUCAGUCCCUGGAAGAGGCCAAAAAGGAGCACACCCACCUGUUGGAGUCAAACCAGCAGCUCCGAAGAAUUCUCAGUGAGCUUCGUGCCCACAAGUUGGAGCUGGAAUCCCAGGUGGACCUGCUACAGACCAAGACUCAGAGGCUUCAGAAACAUACCAGAGACCUGGAGGCAGAAGCUCAGAGGAAGCAGGACACAUUGAAAGAGCUGGACGUUGAGGAGAGUAAUGCUUCCCCACAUUUUGAGCCAGAUCUCCACAUUGAGGAACUGAGGAAAUCCCUUGUGACAAGCAAGACCAAAGAGGUACCCUCUUCUCUCUCCCAGAGCAAGGAGGAGAUGGAUUUGUCCUUGGACAGCCUCCGGCACUACUUCUCUGCGGAGGGGGUAGCUCUCCGCAGUGCCAAGGAGUUCCUGGUGCGGCAGACACGCUCCAUGCAGAGGCGGCAGACGGCUCUGAAAGCUGCCCAGCGGCACUUGUGCCACGAGCUGGCCAGUGCUCCGGAGGUACCCAAAGACCUGCCCAGCACCAAGGCCCUGGACGAGGUGCGCAAGGACCUGGAGGAGGAAACCAGGCACCUGGAUGAGAUGAAGUCAGCCAUGCGGAAAGGCCACAACCUGCUGAAGAAGAAAGAGGAGAAGCUGAACCAGCUGGAGUCCUCCCUUCGGGAAGAGGCUUUGGAUAAUGACACUCUGAGAGGAACCCCCCUCAAGAAAGUGGUGACUUUUGACCUCAGCGACAUGGAAGACAUGAGCAGUGAUAGUUCCGAGUCCUGCCCCCUGCCUCACAUCAACCCAACUGCAAGUCCCGCCUUCCCCAACAAGAUCCACUGCCUGAGCAGCUCCCUGCAGCGGAUCAGCAGCCAGCUAAACAGUGUCCUCAGCAUGUUGGGCAGCCUCAACCCUCAGCCAGCACCAGCGCUCCUCACUUCCACGCCCGCACAGAGCCGUCCUUGGUCCUCCAGGAGCACCUCCAUUCCCAUCUACCCCUCCCUGGCCCAGGUCUCAGCCUCAUCCCCUGCUGCACUCAUGUCCACACAGUGGGCCUGGGACCCGGGGCUGGGCCCCAGGCUCUCCUCCUCCGUGGACGACUUCCUGAUGGAGAAGUGGCGCAAGUAUUUUCCAACUGGAGUCCCAAUCCUCAGCAGCAGCCCUGCCCCCUUGGAGAACAGGCUGGGGUAUGUGUCCGCUAGGGAGCAGCUCCGCCUUCUGCAGCGUCCUCAUUCCCACAUCCCUGAGCUGGACAGCACCAACUUACAGGGCAUGAUCGAGGCUAACCGGAAGUGGCUAGAACAUUACAGGAGCCACCCCAAGUUACAUCUCUUCUCCUCAGUGCCCGACCCGACAGCCACUCCUGGCCUACUGCAGCUGGGCCUGGAUGACAACACACUAAAUGUGCAUCACUAUUGAGGCCCUGAUCUGUGACGUUUGGGGCACCUGGCCUCUCCUGUACCCAGACCAAGUGCCUGAGGAGGGGCCUGCACUUUAUUUCUCUGAUAAAGCAUUCUCCUGUCAUCUCUUUGCUGCUUGCCCCACUCAAAACUUGGAGGAAGCAGGGUAGGGUGAGGGGGCGCAGCUAGGUGAAAAGGACGGUACAACUGAAGGCAGUAAGCCACCUCCAGGGACCACGUAAUGGAUCCCAGGCU